AACACUUCGCUCCGCACCAUCGUCCACGUUUUUCCAGCCUCUGGGCGCGAAAAUUGCCGACGACGACGACGACAACCAGCGCACGGCUUAGCUGGUCCCCCCACUGAUUUCGUUCUCCAAUAUCCCGCUUUUAUCCCCUUAUCCCUCGAUUACCGCUACCGUCGCUUUAAUUAUUCCGCUGCACUCCGCAAGCCCCCGCCCUUCCUUCCCCCACCCGCCCCCGCCGCGGACAAGCAGCACUGCUCAGUACCCUACACUCGCAUAACUAUGUCCGCCAUCCCCGCCCCCUCCCUCGUCAAGGAGGAGUGGCCGGACGCCGACUUUGAUCUCCCGGAGGGCGACCACCUCCACGCCAUGUCCGACAAGGAGGAUGACGACGAUAUGGACUGGGACGCCGAGAUGGACCUCGGCAAGACCGGAGGCGCGAAGGCGAACCCCGCCGCGGCCGGGAUCGUCCACCGCCCCGUCGCAUCCUCCUCCAUCCGGGGCAUGACGACAAUACGUCCGCCCAUAUCCUCCAUGCCCGACUUCGACGAAGACGAAGACGACGAAGGCGUAUCCACUAUCAAAGUCACCGCACUCCCGAAGCCCAUCCAGCGCCAACCGUCGAAGCCGCAGGAGAGGCCGACGGUGAUCGACGAGGACUUUGAGGACGCCUUUGCCCUGCCGUCGGAUCUGACGCAGCUGUCGUUGGUGCCUUUGUCGUUGAAUCACCGGUCGUCGAAGUCCUCUUUGGAAUGGGGCGACAAAGAUCACACAUCUUCCUCGCAAUCCUCCGAUGCAUACUCGACUCUCGGCUUGGCGGGCGCCUCGCCGUCGUCCAACUCGGCCAGCUCCUUGUCAUUACCUGACACGGAGACCGACGAGGACGACAGCGAGAACGACCUCGACGGCCUCGUCAUCCCCACAGAGCUCUUCGACUCGGGCGCGAAGAGGCUGACCAAGCUGCUCGAGCGCAAGAAAGAGGAGAUGUUCGGGGUCGAACGUGUCAAGGUGGCGAGUCCGCCCGAAGAAGACUUCGAGAACGGCCUUGUCAUUGACGACGACGUCGAGCUCAGCCCCAGCCGCCUGCUCGUCCAGCAACAACAAACCCGCACCGCCUACGGUCGCAGUAAUAGCUUCCCCCUCCAGAAGCCAUCCUCCCUCCGCCCUCCUUCGCGCACAAGGUCCGAGAACCGUGCAAAGAGCCCGGCAAAUCCGCCUCCGUCAUCCACGCGCCAGCUCUCGAAGAUUCGGCUCUCACCAUCCCCUCCAUUGCGACAUACCACCCGCUCACAGACCUUCGGGACUUUGGGCAAUGCCAACCCUCCACCCUCACCCUUCCUCGCCCCCAAACCCGGCAGUCUUCGUGGUCAGAAGUCUGCGUCUGGGCUCAAGUCGCCACCGCCCGCAACAACAUCGCGGCUCACUCGGAAGGCCUCGCUAUCCUCACUCAUGGAUACCAACAGUCAAGCGUCAGGCUCUGGCUCGGUUUCCAGCAACAACUCAGCGAAGGCACGAUACGAAGAGCCCACAGCAGCCUCGCGGGCGAAAACACACAAGCACUCGACGACCACCCGAGUAAGUGGGGCUGAGUUCAAAGUACCUCCCACGCGACCGUCCACGCCGUCAUCCAACCCGUCCGCGCUACGGCUCACCAUGCCUACACAGGGGAGCAGAACGGGCAAGCUGCGCCCUUCCAUAUCCUCGGUGUUCAGCCCCACCACCUCCGGUCCCCAAUCCCCCAUGUUCCGCACCAACUCCCCCGCUCCCCGUCCUCCUUCCAGCCUCUCGAAACAACAACCCCGUCCGAUCGCUGCACCUCCCGCCGCGCCGCGGUUAUUGCGGAAACCGAAGCGCCCACGGACGUUUGGCGAUGGCACGGAGCUGGACGCAUUCGAAGAUCUCCCUACCGAUCGUGACAAGGAAGGGCGCUUCCGCGUCCAGCCGAAGGGCUUCGGCAAUCGCGUACCAGGAGGCACGUACCAGUCCAAGACGGGCACGAUUCGCAGAAAAGGCCGAUCGACGACGAGCAGCAGCGAGAACCUCAAUGCUGCGUAUCAGGCGUCCGCGAAUCAGCCGAAGCGUUCGAAGACGAGCGACAACCCUCUGAAGAAGUCGAAGAAGUCCCAUGGCAAUUCUCCGUCGAAGAGUGGUAUACCGCGGAGGAAACCUACCCUCAUCCGCAAUUUGGGCGGUGUCGGCGGGCCAAAGGGUAUGUUGUCGUGCUGUGGUCGUAUCGCCCGGCACUCACGUCAUGCAGUCGUUGGUGACAUGAAAUGGAACCCCCACACUCUUCGAUGGGAGGGGAACGACCAGGUCCUUCGUGACUUCGAUGCCGCCAUGGGCACGUCGACACGACCCGCCCUCAUCACACACCUCACUGGCUCCUCUGUCGGCUCUCCCGUUGGCUCGUUCGCAUCUGGCGCAAGGAUAGUGGGAAACAUGAUUUUCGAUCCCCAGCGCAUGUGCUGGAUAUCGACAUUACCGCCAGAAGACGACGAGCCGGACGUCUUCGCCAACCUCGCAGAUGACGAGAGCGAAGAUGCAUGGGAGACGAAGGGCGGCACGAUCCGGGCGUCGUUGGGCAGCACGACGUCCGAGGCAUCGGCGGCGUCCACCGCGACCACCAACUCGCCACCACGGAGCGCCUCGCGCAGUCACAUGCGCACGGUCUCCGAGUCUGGCAGUGAGCACGAGCUUGGCUCUCGUGCAUCGCUCGUCUACGACGUCGACGAGAACUUCGUCGAGAACACAAGACGAGCGGAGGAGCGGCACCGGCAGGAGAUGCGCAGCUGGAGGAGCGCGCUAGCACGCCAGGACGUGUUCGAUGCCCCCGAUCGCAGCUACUUGUACGAAAUCCGCGCACUGGCUACGCGACAGUAUUGAUCACGACACGGACUCAUUGACGACCGUGAUGGCUUUCUCUCCCUGGCUACUACACUACGCGCCUUUUAUUUGGUGGAUUUGGGAUCCUGUUGUUCAUAUCGCGCUGUGCCCGACGACCCCCCUUCUUGUGUGAUGCUACUGUACUGUUUGCUUUCUUGUCAAUAGGCCUCUUGCUAUUCGGUCAUUCCUUUGUUUCUUAUUUUUCGGUCUAUGUCCACCUGUCUUCGCAUUCACUAUGUACCCCCUCAUCUAGCCAGCAUUAUGGAGAAAUAUGACACGCCCUUCUUUCACUCUCGAACUUGGUGUGAUGAGUGACUG